GUAAGAGUGAGUGUUUGGACGAGACAGGUGUGGUUGUUUUGUAUUUUGGGAAUAUUUUCCCACGCUCAUGGAGGUUCUCUGAGAUGCUUUAAACGCCACAAAGAUGGGUGCGGUGUUCUACCUGGCAGCAGCUCUGGCUUUCUGCUGUUUAAUCUCAGCAGCCGAGGACUUGUAUCCUGUAGGCUGCUUUACUGGGGAUGAAAAGAGUCGUGAUAAUAUGUUUCGGGCUCCUGCUGAAAUAAGUGGCACCAGCGUGGAUGCAUGUGUUGAAGAAUGUCAAAAGAAAUUUAUGCGAUAUGCAGCAUUGUUUGAGGCAAAAAGCUGUUAUUGUGGUGAUGGAAUACACGGUACUACAAUAAACCAGUGUACUUCUCCUUGUUCAGCAAAUGCAACUCAAAUAUGUGGUGGGCCAGGAGCCAUGAGCAUUUAUGAGGCUGGCAAGGGUAUUUUAAGUGCUCCCAAAUCUCUUACACAAGUUGACAGUGAAUCCACUAGCUUACAUAUAAACUGGGAGCCACCAAAAGGAGGCCUGUCGGAUAUUCUACACUACCGUGUUAGUGCAGCUCCAGUGUAUACAUAUAGUGAAAAUGACCCUCCCAGAUCACUGCAGUGGGAAUUUUCUCCUCUUAUCAAAACUGCUUGGCUGCGUGAAGUCCAACCUGGCACCAAGUAUCUAGUUGAAGUGAGAGCUGUGUCUGAAUCAGGCCUUGGCUAUCCCAAGUCUCUGGAAAUGUGGACUAAAGUGGGAAAGCCAGAAACACCCCCAAUGCCUCAGAUAAUAAGCCAGACCUCCUCAACAAGAACUGUUGAGCUGCAGUCAGUACCACCAACAAAUGGUCCAAUAUCUGCCUACCAAGUAGUGGUAGUGGAUGAAACUGUUCAUGUACAACUUCAGCCUCAUUUGCUAACAGAUUACUACUCGGCUAUGAAUAACAGCAUACCAUUCUAUAUUACAGCUGAAUUUUCUUCUGAUAAUUUUAUGAGAACCUUCAAAGUUGGAGACAGAAAGAUGUAUGGGAAGUAUUACAAUGCACCACUAAAACCAGAUAUUGAUUACCACAUUUUACUUGGAGUCUUGAGCACCAUAAAUGAAACAAAGGCUGCUUAUUCUAUGUCUAAUCACGAGCAGCAUGAAAGCACGGUCUUUGAUUAUGAAAGUGAUACCAUGGAAACCAAGAUGAUAACUCAAACAAAUGAGCAGUUAGCCAGGAGCCAAAAGACUGUGUUAGGGUUGUCAAUUGCAAUUGGUUUGUGUGGGUUCCUCCUUGUGGCUUCCAUUAUCUUGUAUGUAGUUUUGAGGGUUGUGGUGAAGAAAAAUCGGAUGCGGUCGGCAGAGAACCAGGAGUUGGCUGUCCAUGAACAGGAGCCCAAUGAAGACUGUGAGAAUGGUUAUUCAGUGGGUGCGCACUACGUGGACGAGGAAGCUCCAACACUUGACCAUUAUCGCCAGCUGAAGGAACGAGUUUGGAUUAUUCCCCAUCAAGGGCUUAACAUCGUUGGGGAUAUUGGGACUGGCAAGUUUGGGGAUGUAAGAAAGGGUAUUGUGGUUAACAAGGGAAACCAGGCAAAUGUGUUAGUUCACAGAAUAGCGGAUGACAACUUGGACAAGAACUCAAAGACCCAGAUGCUCCGGGAGUUUGAUGCCCAUGUGCGCAUCAGCAAGAACCCACAUAUCAUCUCCCUUGUUGGUCUCAUGGAGGAGUUUAAUGUUAUUUCUGUGGCCUUUGAAUAUGAAACUUCAACGCUCAAAUCACACCUUGUUGGAAGUCGAGCUGUUCAGCACUACCCAGUGUAUGCUGAGAAAAAUCGCAGGUUUUCCACACUUCCAGAGGGACAGGCUCUUGAAAUCCUCCUUGGUGUUGCACGAGGCAUGAAUCAUCUUGCCUCACUAAAGGUUACCCAUGGUCAGCUCUGUGCUAGGAAUGUUGUGUUGAUAGAUAGCAUACGCCCAAAGGUCACUGGGUUUGGACUCCUCCACUAUCACAAUGACUUGUAUGUACCUGAGUAUAAACGUUGGCACGCUGAGGAAACACUCCGGUCCAAGGUGUCUGUUCCUAAAAGUGAUGUUUGGUCUUUCGGUUGCUUGAUGUGGGAAGUGGCCACACUGGGGGGAACGCCCUAUGCCGAUGUAAAGACUGAUGAGGUUCCUGGCAGGGUUAUGCGAGGCCUGCGACUGCCACAGCCUCAGUAUGUUGGUGAUGAGCUCUAUCAAUUGAUGCUGAAUUGCUGGCAGAUGGACCGUGAUGAGCGACCUACUUUCCAAGAGCUGGAGGGUAACCUACAAAGCCUACUCAAUGAUGAUGUUACACCACAUCUUCUCUUCUCAUUGUAUCCAUCAUUCCAGUAUGAGCAUUAUGCCCCCCAUCUUGAAUUUAUUGAUUAGGACCAUGACAUACUUCCUUCAAUGGUAUAACUGUCAUCCAUUCAUAAAUGAGCAAAUCUCUGUGAGCAAACAUCUGUCUUGCCAGAACUCACAUCCUUGAACAUGUGGCUGAUUUCUAGGGAUUAGAUAAAUUAAUGUUGUUCAGAAUUCUUGUGGCCAAUUAAUUGAUACGUGUGCCAAUUAAGCAGUAUUGUUAUGCACAUGUUUUUCAAAGCACAAAUUUUGAAAAUUAAUGUUUGUUUUUUAGAAAUAACUAACGAAAUUGAUAAACUAUGAUCUCCAGUCCAUUCCACUAGAUAUAAACCAGAUUCUUGUUUAUAUUGCUCAAGAUUCUCUUGAUAUUUAGCAGCACAAUAAAUGCUUUUAGCAUUUUCCUAGGAAUGUUUAGGCUUUUUUUUUCUUUCUUUUUUAUAGAUUGAAAACUUUUUGCUUGGUGAUAAUUAAGAAUGCAAAAUGAGGAGCAGAUUGCAAAUUAAUUACAGUGCACUCUCUGGUUUCUUUUUAUUGAAGGAGUAAUUUUAUUUUUAGUUUGAAGGUUAAUGUAAAAAAUGUCCAGUUAAUGUGAUAAAGAGUUGUCAGAAGUGUCUGCUGAAGAGUGUGCCAAAAGUUUUUAAAAUCCUGUUAGAUACUUAAAAGUUCCUAGGUUAAAGAGAAAUAACUUGGUACUUAUUUUUCAGGUUACAGCCUAUAGGAACGUAGUAACUUCUAGAUAAUGAGAAGACUCGCUAUGAAUGAUAGGCUUAUGUGACUAAAGCAUAAUAGCAGAUAUUGUAUAUAUAUUUUUUUUAUAUUUGUUACUUAAUUAGUUUCAUAAAAUUACAAUAAAAUGUAAUCAGUUAUCUUUGCAAAAUAUUGUAUGAUGUCCAUUAUAGCAAAUGACUAUCAUAUGGAACCAAAUUACAAAGUUCAGCAUCUUAAGCAAACUUAAAAACAUGCUAGGGUUUUUGAGAAUAAAAAGCGAUUGUGCAAUUGUUACUUAAGUGGUCAUUGUUGAUUCAUGGAUCAUAGAGAGUGCACUGUGUUGAAUAUUUCGUGAUGUAACUAGUGUUUGUGAUACAUUCCUUAUGUCACCAGUUGGCAGCAGUUUUUGUACUUAGCCCUCCAUAGAUGAUAAUUAAAGUAUGAAAUCAGUUUUAUCCUCUUUGGUAGCCAGGCUUUUCACUUUUUUCAUGAUUCCAUGGCACAGUUAAAAACAAGCUGGAGUAAAUGUAAAAGGGUGUAUAGAAGUAUUUGAAAUAUCAAAAAAGGAAAAAAAGUUUUAAAAAUGUUUGUGAAUGCAUGAUCGUUGCAUUCAUUUAUAAAUCAGUAUCAUUAGAGUAAUUUAUAUCAUGGUUUACACACUUGCAAUAUAAGCUAAGGUGAAAUUUCAGAAUCACUCUUAACAUGAACAUUGCAAAUGUGUAAGCUUUAGAGCAGCAAACAGUGUAGGGCUGGGAAUUAGCAGGCAUAUUUACAGGAAUGUAUAUAUACAUCCUGAAAAGUAAGAACUAUUUAAUUUGCCCUAUGAAAAUCAUCCAAUCAGUAUAUUAAUCUUUGACACAUCCAACUGUAAAUGCAGUUGUAAAUAAUGCAUUGUUCUCUGUACAGCCAGGCCUGGUUUUUCUAUCAAAGAGUUUUCUUUAGUUAUAAGAUUUGGAUGCUAUAAGCAGUUUGUAGAUCAGAAUGUUGAAGUUGUGAGGGAUUAUCACAUGGUGCUUGAAAUCCUUGGUAUUGGUCAUUUGAUAUCUGUGGCUGAGGUUUAUGGCUGGCAAAUGUUCCUGUCGCUGUUUUUUGGACUAAAUUGCCACAAACAACAGAGAUGGCAAGCUAUGGACAGACGUGUGUACUUGCUAUGCUAGUGAUUAUUGUUUGUGCAAAAGAAGAGAAAGAUUAAAGAGAAGAUGAAGAAAACUUACAGAGCAGAAAACAAAUUGCAUAACUGCAGCCUUUCUGACAAUGCUUGUGGUUGCUCAUAUGCACUUUAACAAACAAACCACACUAUUGUUCUUUGUAGCAGCCUAGUGUCUAAAUAUGUUAUCAAAAAUUAAAAGAAAAAAAAAUAUUGAUAAGGUGAUGUUCUAGUGGUGAUCAUCAGUAUGUAAAUUCAGAGUUAAUAUUUCUGUAUUUCUGUUUGUGGAUAAUGUUUCCAGAUAUUUUGUACAGUAAUAUUUAUCAACACUGAACAUUCAGCUUAUCUAUGAACCUCAGGAAAAGGACAUCAAGGAUAUUAAGAAUGCUUGAUAUCCAGUGUCUAGGAUUUCAAGUCCCCCGUGAUAUGGUACCUGUUCAUAUUUUAUGUUUCUUUUUUCUGUUGGCUUUAUAUGUAAAGACAGUAUCAGGAGCCACUUACAUUUUUUUCUGUUGACUUUUUAUAUAGAAAAGACAGUAUGGGCAGCUACUGGCAUUUCUUAUGAAUGAGGUACAGUGUUGUUAAUGUCCUUGUUAAAUAUUUUAAACACUUUGUUCAUUUUAGUGUUACCUUUUGUCAUUAUUUUUGUUAUGUUUUUGUCAUCAUUUUGAUUGUUUUUAUGUUUUUAUUCUUAUUUGAAGUACAUUUAUGACAUUAUCUUGAUUCUUUUCGCUCUCUCUGAUUUGUGCUGUAGGCCUCUGUAGACCAUUUAUAUUACACCAAUAUGCUUGUGCUGAUCUGGUCACAAGGCCCAAGGCAAGAGCCACUUGUGGGUACAUAGUAAAGUUAGGCUAAAGAUUCUUAUGAAUAGGUUCUGUAUUCAUAGCUCUUGGCAGUAAACUUUGGUUGUGCAAGGUAAAAAUGUAGGUCUACUUGAAACACUUUACUGAAUGCUUGGAAAAGGUGUACCCAAUGCUUGGAAAUAGCAUACCUUUUGGUGUGCCAUUUCAAGAUUAACCCUUUUAAGAAAUUUAGAGGAUUUUUGUGCUUACUUUGCACAUUAGGUUUUCUGUAGGGAUGCAGGACUUGCAGUCGGAAGAUUAUUCCACGUUUGGCUGUGUAUGUUGUAGGGGUAAGUUACUAAAUACAGUCAUGAUAAACCACUAGCCUGAGAAACUGUAGGGGGAUGUUGUUUAUUUUAGAAAAUAAUUGCAGAAAAAGUCCAGUAUUAAAGAAGGAAUUUUUAUAAGAAUGCCGAUCUUAGGGGUGAAUUGGAAGAUUUUUGUUUUGAUUUGUAGUGAACAUUCCAGCCCCCUUUUAUUCCAACAGGUCUUGCCUCAGGGAAAGAAAAGAGGAGUGGAAAGGAUGGUACCCUUUCUUGAUCUUGUGAAAGUAUAUUGAGAGGGGUAUUUAGUAGCACUUAACUAGGAGAGAGUUUUUGAUGUGCAAGAUUCUGUUACUCUUUUUUUGUCAUUUGAGGUGGUUGUCCCUUACCAAGAUGUUGGUAUUUUUACCUGUUUUCUUUGUUAGGAUAAAGCUAGUGAACUUGGAAAAUAUAUUCCUCUUGGCUAUGGUGGUGAGGGAUUUGAAAUUACAUGAUUACAU